GAAGAGCUCCGCGCGCCACAGACUGUGCGGAGUUUUUCCUGAAAUCUGCACAGCAGACGAAGCGCCUCGGGUCACUCAAGAAGUGUAUGUUGUGGAUAAUACAUUCCUGUGGAAGUUCAAUUUGGCGAGCAUGACAGCCAGGACCAUUCAGGACGCACGAGGUCGGGACAAGCCCGCUCUCAGUCAAGCAGAAUUGAUGACCAGAAGGAAGAGAAGUGCGAUUUGGGUAGUGCUGGGCAUGCUCUGUCUGUCCAUGGUACUGGUCAUUCUGGGUGUCUACACCACCACUCGCACAGAGAGCAUCAACAUCACGGGAUACGCAUCUGGAAUCAUUUUGACAUUUGGAUCCUUCCUGGGUGUUCUUGGACUCUGCCUGGAGGAAAACCGCAAACAGCUGCUUGUGGCAGCCAUUGUUUUCCUCAGCUUUGGGAUAAUUACCUCCUUCCUGUGUCUGAUGGUGGAUGGUGUCUUCAUAGUUUUCAACAUGGACAUCCGUCCCCUGAAAGCGGGGAGAUGCCAGUUUUACACCAGUGGAAGCAGUUACAUCUAUGAGAAUUACUAUGCGUCUGUGCCUUGUCAGGGUCUCUUGGAGUCAUGUAGCAUGAAGGUUCGCAGUGGAACCUGUUACUGCUGUGACCUUUAUGACUGCGCCAAUGGGGGCUACAUGAACAACUACUAUGAGUUUGUUGGUGUGCAGAGCUGCGGGGAUGUGCUGUCUCUGUACGCCCUGAUCUGGCUGCUGACCAGCCUUAACCUGAUGGCGUUCUUCCUGGGUAUCCUGACCACAGCAGUGCUGGGCAGCAUCAAGGACCAGAGGUUCUGCUCAGUGACCCCAUCGUCAUCUCAGUUCUCCGAGGAGGGAUGUUUCUCAUCCCCGAGCGCCCCGUUACUGGUGGACAACACUAACACACACACCGGACAACAGCCUCAGCAGCUUUACCCGAGAGCUUCUCUUUACUUGGCUCCAGUGGCAGGGCCAGGGGUCCCCCAGAGUGAUCCAUCAGUAGCCUGUCCGGAACCCAACCCCCCUCCCUUUGCCCCGCUCUAUAACCUACUGCCCUACAAACCACAAAGCUUCUCCGUCUGAAUUAUCUGAAAUAUGUUUGCAUUGCAUUUCUAACCUUUUACACAACUACAGUUCUCCUUCUGACUCUACUGUUCUAUGACAUCCAGGAGAAUUAGUAAUUUGGAUAAUGUUUUGGACUGGGAGUUGGGUAGGUUGUACAAUGUCUGUAUAUGAAAUGUAAAUAUGUCGAGAUUUAGAUUCAUUUGUAUUAUGAUGUCCAUUCUACGAACUAUAGAAAAGGCUA